AUGCCACCGGAUUAUUCAUCAUCCUCGAUAGCUUCUAUUGCAAAAGGUCCGGUGGACCAGGUGACUGCAUUGGCAACAAAACUGCCCCAAAGGCAGAAUGAAAUGCCGACUGAACCGUCUCUAAAACAUGUUACGGAAAUUCUGACGGAGAUUAAUCUCUGCCUCGAUCUCUCUUCAGAUGCAAUGAUUCUAUCGGACUCUGAGCGGGUGAAACUCGACUCUAUCGCGACUGGGCUGUGGAACUCCUGUCGUGAGCGAGUCACAGCAGCUUACCUGAAUGACAAUUACGCAACGACAAUGAUCUGUGGGGUACUUGCCGCUACCAUCGCUUUUCUCAACCUCGCGUCGCCUUUCACUCGUUCAGACAACAGUCAGCUUGAAAGUGCCCUUCGAAUCCUGAGGUCACUCGCAAGGCGACUAGACACUGUUAACAAGCAUGUCCCAUCCGUUGACAAAUAUCUACUGGACUCGGUCUCAGCCGAGUACCACAUGCUUCGAGCAUAUUUGGCUUGGAAACAAGGGAACACGGGCCUUGUUGAUCAUUUUCUCAACAAAAUUCCACCAAAUAGGGUAAUCAGGAACCACUAUGCCAUCGCAGAGGGGUAUCUUUAUAUUGGACGAAGUGAGUUGGAAGUCGGCCAGUAUGAUCACUCAAUAAAAUGGCUUGAACUUGCUCUAUCACACCUAUCCGCAAUUAGAGAUGGUGAGAAGUGGACUUACUUACGCUCCACAGCGUGGGCAUACAUGGCUGCUGAAAGCUAUGAUCAAUAUGAGCUUUUUGGGCCUAUCGUUGCUUUGAAUCUUUUGCGAUUCUUGCCUCAAUUCCAAUACGAGAAUGUGCCAGCAGUGCAAGUCCUGGAAUUGGAAUAUAUCCGUCGCAAGGUAGGAUACUCGCGCCCGCCCGAACUUGCAGAAAUUGCAGAGUAUACGCGAGUCGCGGGGCUUCUGCUUGGCUGCACGGAGCACCAUUCCCACGCUGCAGACUAUCUGCUUCCGCUUACAUGGCUAUCCAUGGAGCUUGAGCAUCGGGAGACCGUGGACGAAGGAGGCAUGCUUGACCUGGCGAGUGCAGCAGUCCUAGAUUGCACGAAAAAUGCCCUCAAAAGACCAGACAUGGUUCUUUCGGAUUUUGCCCUGCAAUCAGCCUGCGUGGAGUUAUACAAUUUGACUCUUUUUAUAUCGAACCUCUUUCCUGACACUGAGGCCGUAAUGAUCCUUGAAAACUCGCAAAAGGUUCUAGAGCUCGCUAAGCAACAUAUUGAGACUCGUCGAGGAGCAAAUGAUGAGCACGAGUACGUGAGCGGCACUGAAACUCCAGCGUUGGAAUUGACAUCAUCCCAAAUUGAUUUUGUUGCUUGCCAAUUUCUUUUCCUCGAGAUCAGCAUACGUGACCAGCUCGUGCAAUCCUGUAGUGAUGAAGGAGUUCAGCGUGAGCACUACAAGAAGAUCCUCGAGGCCAUCAAGUCGAUUCAUCUACUCUCGCACAAAGCUCACACUCGGGCUGUAAUAGACGACGAAACUUCUCGCACUCUCGGCAUUAGUCAAUUCGAAGCCGUCAUCGCGCUGAAAGAAUGGGGCGCUGUGCCCGAGAUCCUCAGCAAAAGCGAACAAUACCUUGACGUCCCACUUUUUGAAUACUUCAUGAACUGCAUUCUACAAUCUGCCAUGCCUGCACCAUUAUCGGCAAGUAGUCUUCACUCACUUUUAAGCAUCGGGAGGGAGCGUGUGACAACGACCAUGCCCACCCGCAGCUACACGGAAGUACUACCUACUUGUCUGAAAAAUUUAUAUACGUUUGCACUGGCUGCUGCCAGAUCGUCAGCUCUUCCGCAGUUCAUAGAGGAUGUCGAGGCGCCGACGUCUUCAGAUUACUACUGGAUGGCCGAAUAUGCCGUUGACGAGAUGCUGUCUUUGGCUGCUGGCAAGCUGGAUUCCGAACCAAGAGACCGGAGCCAGGAGCCCAACACUCAUCCCAACAUGAACGAACUUACAUCAUCUGCGUCCUCCCGUAUAGCUAACAGACGGCAACUGCAUCCCGUCAAGGAGCUCGAGUACCUCGCGACUUGCACGUUCAACCAAGCAAUGGACUUUUACUCCGCAGAAGACGAUGAAGCUUGUUUACGCUGGGCUGAAAAGGCAGGGCAACUUGCAAAGCUGAUGGGCACUUCACAGGGUGAUUAUCUGAUGACUUUGUUCGAGGACCGACUUGGAGGCUUGUUUUAG